AUGAAAGCCCCUGUUCAGGUGGGAGACGCGAAAACCAAAGAAGCGCCUCCCGACGACUCUAAAACAAAGAUGGUCACAGAUAAGAGUGGAAUUCGUAAAUCUGCACUUAAUAUGACAGAAGAGGAUGCAAAGAAGAAAGCGGCAGCUGAUGAGGAAGCAGCGAGACAGAAAGCACGCCGGUUUGGAACAGUCACUUCACUGAUGAACCGAUUCGUUGAACCGGAGAUUAAAGAGGAACCAAUUACAUACAAACGAUCAUCCUUCUUGGCAGCGAAGGAUAAAGAGGUUGAACGGCCAAAGAAGAAAUAUGAAGUGAUCAAGCCGGCUAUUGAUGACGCCUUUGACAAGCAGAUGGAAGAAAUCCGGGCGCAGAUGAAAAGCGGUUCAUCGCAGUUUGAGAGUCAUCUCAAGGAUCUUUCGAAAGGGAUCACGGUCAGCGCUGAUGACAUGAAGAAGCGUACGGAAGAUGAAAAGAAAAAAAUGAUCAUGGAUUCCGUCACCGGAGUGUUUAGGUCGGUCUUUGUGAUGUGA